AUGGCAGAGUUCUCCCAGAGACGGGGGAAGCGGCAUGAUGACGACAUGCUGGGCAGUGCUGUGGACUUCCUCCUGGCCAAUGCCCGCCUGGUGCUGGGUGUGGGCGGGGCUGCCGUGCUGGGUAUUGCCACCCUGGCUGUGAAGCGGCUCAUUGACAGGGCUGCCAGCUCUCGGGACGAGGAUGACGCCAAGGCAGACGCCACGAGCCUGGAGGACAGUUGGAAGGAACUGAAUCUGCUCAAGGCCACACCACGCCCACAGCCCCGGCCCUCACCUGCUGCCCACAGCCAGCCUGUGCUGCUCCCAGUCCCCUCACAUUUUGCCUCAGAGGGGCCUGCAGGUGCUGACCCUCAGUCGUCUCCUCAGCUUACCUCCCCAGGACUCUUGUGCCUGACCUUCCAAGAGAAGCUGUUGGCGUUCGAGCGAGACCACGUGAGCAUCCCAGGGUCCCACGUGGCUCUGGCCAAACAGUUGGCUGGCGACAUUGCCCUCGAGCUGCAGGCCUACUUGCAGAGCAGGUUCCCAGAGCUGCCCUUCGGGGCGCUUGUGCCUGGGGGGCCGCUGUAUGAUGGCUUGCAGGCAGGGGCUACUGACGACGUGCGUCUCCUGGCACCCCUGGUGCUGGAGCCGGGCCUGUGGAGCCUGGUGCCUGGCAUGGACACCGUGGCCAGGGACCCUCGCUGCUGGGCUGUGCGUAGGACUCAGCUUGAAUUCUGUCCCCGCGGGAGCAGCCCCUGGGACCGCUUCUUGGUGGGUGGCUAUCUCUCUUCCCGCGUCCUGCUGGAACUGUUCCGCAAGACACUGGCCGCCUCCGUCAACUGGCCCGUGAUCGGCAGCCUUCUCGGGUGCUGGGUCCGGCCCAGCGUGGCUUCGGAGGAGCUGCUGCUGGAGGUGCAGCACGAGCGCCUGGAGCUCACCGUCGCCGUGUUCCUGGCCAUCACAGGCGCCAGUGCCGACGACCGGCUCCUCGUGGCCUGGCCCCUGGAGGGGCUGGCUGGGAACUUCUGGCUGCAAGACUUGUACCCGGCAGAGGCUGCCCGGCUGCGAGCUCUGGAUGGCUGUGAGGUUGGGACCCGCCAGCGGCUGCUGCUGCUGCUGUGUCGUGUCUGCCAAGGCCAUCCGGCCCUGAGGCAGCUGAGCCGGGGCCACCUGACCCAGGUGGUUCUCCGUCUGGGCGAGGAGGAGGCAGACUGGGCGGAGGGGGUUUUGGGGGAGCGCUUUCUGCAGGCUGUGGAGCUGCUCCUCAGCAGCCUGGAGCAGGCCAGCCUGCCCUGCCAUUUCAGCCCCGGUGUGAACCUCUUCGCCAGCCUGUGCCCGGAGGAGGUGGACAGCCUCGGCUACGUGCUGUACCGCGGUCUCCAGGCCCCUGAGGGGCUGCUGUAG